UUAAAAAUAAAAUUAAAAAAUGAUUUCGAAGUUUUGUGGUUAAAGGGCAUUCAAAUCUAUCGCUUUCUUCUCCCGUGACAUCAUUGUCGAGGUUUAUUGCUCCGUCUCUCUCUCUCUUGUGGUCCUUUGGCCUAUUUAAAUCUCUCUUAUCACAUUCUCAAUUUCUUUAUAUUUGAAGUGUAUUCAAAACCCCAAAACACUUUUCUCAUUACAUUCUCUUCUCUAUUUUUCUUCUUGCUUUCUAGUUUUUCUUUCUUCUUGGUCGUUUCUUUUCAACUUAAAAACCUUAUAUCAAAUCAUAAAAGCUUACACCUACUUGCCACAUAGACAUAGCCUAUCUCAUUUCUCUAUUUCUAUUCCUCAAUAGAACUUGUUUGAGCUAGUGUGAGAGAGAAGUGAAGCAAGAGAGAAGAAUCCACAACUUAGUUAGGGUCUUUCUUGUCACAUUGUUGAACAUGUCGAACAGAAGAUCAAGACAAUCUUCAAGUGCUCCAAGGAUCUCCGAUGAUCAAAUGAUUGACCUCGUAACUAAGCUCCGUCAAAUUUUGCCGGAGAUUGGCCAACGACGUCGUUCUGAUAAGGUAUCAGCGUCGAAAGUAUUGCAAGAGACAUGCAAUUACAUACGAAAUUUGAACAGAGAAGUUGACAAUCUCAGCGAGCGUUUGUCUCAGCUUCUCGAAUCUGUCGAUGAAGAUAGCCCUGAAGCCGCCGUUAUUAGAAGCCUACUCAUGUAAUCUUUUUUUUGUUUUUGUUUUUGACAAGCCUACUCAUGUAAUCUUUUUUUUUUUUUUUUUUUUUUUUUGAAUAACCGCGGGUCUCCCAAAAAGAAACUAGGUCCAAGGACUAAUCCCACGAGACUGACAAUUCCCCUAUAUAAACCUGCCAGUGGCCGUGCCUCAAACCUUGGUGGUGGAAAUCACAGCUGUGACCCCUUUACCACUAGGCCACAAAGCCCGGUUUGUAAUCUUUAAUGAUGGCUCUAUAAUAAUUAUAAAUUAUAUAUUUUUAACCUAA